GGAAAAUAAUCAAAAUUGAAAAGACCCACAAAUCUUCCAUGUUAAUGUUACUAUAAGAUUGAGCAUAGCAAGCAAGCAAUGCAGAAGAAACCAGAACAAGACCCUGUUCCAGUGUCACACUUCAUAUCGGAAAUGCCAACCACAAACGAUGUCGUUUCAACCCAACCACCACAACAACAACCCUAGCCUCCCUCCUCCGCCACUAACCACCGUCCUCACCACCGCCAAACCUCUCAACCACAUGCUUCUUCUUCCCAUGCACCUUCACUCCCUCUCUGACCCCAAAUCCAAAACCCUAACCCCCAAUUUCACCACCACCAUGGACCCAACCCUUCUCCUCUCCGACGAGCUUCUCCUCCAAAUCCUCGCCAAGCUUCCCAAUUCGCCGAGCAACCUCUCCAAUUCCCUCGUUUGCAAGCGCUGGUUGAAUCUCCAUGGCCGUUUGGUUCGCUCGCUGAAGAUACUGGAUUGGAACUUCGUUUCCUCUGGUAGGUUGACUCACAGAUUCCCCAAUCUCACGCACGUUGAUUUGGUUCCUGCCUGUUUCCACUCGCCGCGAAACGCCGCCGCCGCCGUUUUCCUCAGCCACCGUGUCGCCUCGAUGCGGGUCGCUCCCGGGUGGUGCUUCGGCGAGGAUAAUAUACUACCUGCUGAAGUCAUCGACGGCGGGCUCAGAGUAAUUGCUAACGGGUGCCCGAAUCUACGGAAGCUCGAGGUGGUUGGAGCGAGCGAAGCGGGGUUGGCUUGCGUCGGCGAGGAGUGUUCCACGCUGCAGGAGCUUGAGCUGCAGAGGUGCGACGAUGAGGUUUUGCGCGGGGUUGCGGUGUGUAAGAAUUUGCAAGUUUUGAGAGUGAUUGGGAGUGUUGGUGGGUUCUAUGAUUCCGUGGUUUCGGACAUUGGGUUGACGAUUUUGGCGCAGGGUUGUAAGAGGCUGGUGAAGCUGGAGCUGAGCGGUUGCGAAGGGAGCUUCGACGGGAUCAAAGCGAUUGGGCAGUGUUGUGUGAUGUUGGAGGAGCUGACUGUGGUUGAUCACAGGAUGGAUGGUGGGUGGUUAGCGGGGCUUUCGUUCUGCGAGAAUUUGAAGACGCUGAGGUUUCAGUCGUGUAAGGCGAUUGAUGGCAAUCCAGGGAUGGAGGAGCAUUUGGGGUUCUGCCCCGCGCUCGAACGGUUGCAUUUGCAGAAGUGCCAGUUGCGGGAUAAGAACGGCACUGGAGCUGUUUUCUCUGUUUGCAGAGCUGCCAGGGAGGUCAUUCUUCAGGACUGCUGGGGGUUGGAUAAUAGUGUGUUGAGUCUCGCAAUCAUUUGCAGGCGGGUAGAAUUGUGUUACUUAGAAGGAUGCUCAUUGCUUACAACGGAAGGUUUGGAGCUGGUAAUAGAUUCUUGGAAGGAGCUUCAAUGCCUUAGAGUUGUCUCGUGUAAAAAUAUAAAGGAUAGUGAUAUCUCUCCUACACUCGCAACCUUGUUCGCCACGCUCAAAGAGUUGAGAUGGAGGCCAGACACAAAACACCUUCUGUCAUCAAGUCUUGAGGAGAUAAGCAUGGGAAAGAAAGGUGGUAAAUUUUUCAGGCUAUGAAUCUUAGAAACAUAAUUUCUCACUGACUGGGUGAAAUUUGUACCAUUAUGUAAUCACAUAGAUUAGUUUAGAUGGUUAUUAGAUAUUGACAGUGGACAGAUUAUUCCUUACAUCCUUUACCUAGAGAUGUAAUUAUGUGCUAGGUUAGCCCAAUUCAAUUGGGUUACUUUUUCUACUUCUUUGAUGGUAAACAUCAGAAUAAGGAAUCAGAGUAGAGAUGUAAUUACAUGUAAGCAAAACUCAGUUUACUCCAAGAAGAAAUUGAAAACCUUUGUUAUGCUUCA